UGAAUCAGAAUCACAGAAAGAGGAAGUAGAGAAGGAAAAUACACACAGAAUCAAUCACGUUCACAAUAACAAACGGAACUCUGUUUGUUCCAUGCGCAAUUGAGAAAGUCAGCGAGCGAAACAGGGUCAUACCUGCCUCUGCAAUCUCAUCCCAUUCGCCCUUGUCAUCCCCUCACGCUGAUAGAUUACUCCUCUCUCUCUCUCUCUCUCUCUCGCUCUCUCUCUCUCUCGCUCGCUCGCGCGCUCGCUUGUGGAUUCUGAAAGAUGAAGAUGUGAAUCUGAUUUGACUGGAAACAAAAAGAUUGCGCCUUUUUGACAAUUGAGAUCUAAAUUCCAAAUACUUUAUAAAAAAUCCAGAUAAUGGCGACAAAAGGGAACUCAGGAGACAAUAGAAGUAGGAGUUCAAUAUCAAUUUUCAUUGUAGUUGGUUUGUGUGGUUUCUUCUAUAUACUGGGUGCAUGGCAGCGAAGCGGUUUUGGAAAGGGAGACAGCAUAGCUUUGGAGAUAACCAAACAGUCAGACUGUAGUAUCCUCAACAAUCUAAAUUAUGAGACCCAUCAUGGUGGUGAUGCUGGUACAAUCGAUGAAUCUGAUGCAGAAGUUAAGGAGUUCAAGGCAUGUGAUGAUCUCUACAUUGAUUACACACCCUGUCAAGAUCAAAUGCGGGCAAUGACAUUCCCUCGAGAAAAUAUGAAUUAUAGGGAACGACAUUGCCCUCCUGAAGAAGAGAAGCUUCAGUGCCUUAUUCCUGCACCAAAAGGAUAUGUGACCCCAUUCCCAUGGCCCAAGAGUCGUGACUAUGUGCCCUAUGCAAAUGCACCUUAUAAGAACUUGACAGUUGAGAAGGCUGUUCAAAACUGGAUUCAAUAUGAGGGCAAUGUUUUUAGGUUCCCUGGUGGAGGCACACAGUUUCCUCACGGAGCAGAUUCAUAUAUUAAUCAACUUGCAUCUGUGAUUCCACUGGACAAUGGGAUGGUUAGAACUGCUUUGGAUACGGGCUGUGGGGUUGCAAGUUGGGGUGCUUACUUGUUCAAGAAAAAUGUUAUAGCCAUGUCAUUUGCACCAAGGGACUCUCACGAAGCACAAGUUCAAUUUGCUUUGGAAAGAGGUGUUCCAGCGGUUAUCGGUGUUCUCGGAACCAUAAAGCUGCCAUAUCCUUCUAGAGCCUUUGACAUGGCACACUGUUCCCGUUGCUUGAUUCCAUGGGGUGCAAAUGAUGGAAUGUACAUGAUGGAAGUUGAUCGAGUUCUUAGACCUGGUGGUUACUGGGUGCUUUCUGGUCCACCCAUCAAUUGGAGGAAUAAUUACCAAGCAUGGCAGCGUUCUGAAGAAGAGCUUCAGGAGGAACAAAGGAAGAUUGAGGAGAUUGCCAAGCUUCUUUGCUGGGAAAAGAAGCAUGAGAAGGGUGAAAUCGCCAUUUGGAGGAAAAGAAUAAAUUAUGACAAUUGCCGUGAUCAAGAUUCUCAACCUACGAUAUGUGAAUCUAAAAAUGCUGAUGAUGUUUGGUACAAGAAGAUGGAAGGAUGUGUAACUUCUUAUCCUGAGACUACUAGUCCAGAUGAAGUUGCUGGUGGAGCAUGGAAGCCAUUUCCAGAGAGACUCAAUGCCAUUCCUUUCAGAAUAUCUAGUGGAUCCAUUCCUGGAAUAUCUGUUGAGGCAUACCAGGAGGACAUGCGAUCAUGGAAGAAGCAUGUGAAUGCUUACAAGAGGAUUAACAAGAUCAUUGAUUCAGGGAGAUAUCGCAAUAUUAUGGAUAUGAAUGCUGGUCUUGGAAGUUUUGCUACUGCUCUUGAAUCUCCCAAGUUGUGGGUUAUGAAUGUUAUGCCUACAAUAGCUGAGAAGGACACCCUGGGUGUUAUAUAUGAGCGUGGAUUGAUUGGCAUAUAUCAUGAUUGGUGUGAAGCCUUCUCCUCAUAUCCUAGGACAUACGACCUUAUUCAUGCAAAUGGUGUUUUCAGCUUAUACAAGGAUAAGUGCAAUGCGGAAGAUAUUCUUUUGGAGAUGGAUCGCAUCCUACGGCCUGAAGGAGCGGUUAUAUUCCGCGACCAAGUGGACGUGCUAAUCAAGGUGAAAAGAAUUGUGAAAGGAAUGAGAUGGAAUACAAAAAUGGUGGAUCACGAGGAUGGCCCUCUUGUCUCAGAGAAGAUAUUGUUUGCUGUCAAACAGUAUUGGGUUGCUGGUGAAAACGACUCCACAUCUCCACAGUGAAAUGAAAGAAGAGGAAAGUUUCAGCGCAGUUAUAGCAGGAAACUGUGAGUCAAAUAUACCAACCCAUGGGCGGUCCAGGCAAGUAGCAAUAUUGUUGAUUGUCCUGAUUUCAGGUAGAUAUAGCACAUCGAUAGGUGUUUAAAAUUUUUUAAGCUCGAUUGAAUCUUGUCCUUAAAAUUUUAGUUAUUUAGUUAUCGUCAUCUCUCUUUGAUGAGCUUAGUGCUGAUGUUAACCUUCAGGCUCAUACCACAGUGGAGCCUAAUUUUGGCUUUAGCAUGUCCUGCCAUGGUGUAUAAACAGAUUUUGAGGUUUUACCUCAUAUAUAAUGUAUUAUUGUGUUUAUUUUAUUUA